AUGGCAGCACCAGACCCCGACCCAUCAUCUUCCUCCAUCUUCUCCCAAAAAAAUUCCAGACUCCCAGACGACACCGUUUUCUACGCCAUCUUCCCUGACUCUUCCCUAACCUCCUCCUCCACCACCGCCUCACUCCAAUCGCUUCAUCUCCAAAUCCUCAAAACCCUCACUCCCUUCACCGCCGACUACAUAUGGCAGCACGAACCCUUCACUCUUUCCCCCUCCACUCUCCCCAAACCCCCAUGCGUCUGCUCCCUCGACCACCACCUCCCUCACCUCCACGGCAAGCUUCGUGUCGCCGACAACUUCGAAGACGAGUGGUUCACCGUAUUCCUCCUCUUCCACAUCUCCACAGCCUUCCCUGACCUCUCCAUCCGGGUAUGGGACUCGGACGGCGAGUUCUUACUCAUCGAAGCGGCCUAUCACCUUCCUCGCUGGCUCAACCCCCAAAACAGUGUCAACCGCGUGUUCAUUCGCCAUGGCGACCUCCAUAUCGUCCCCAAAUCUCGGCUCCCGAACCCAACCAUCACCGAAUCGUUGAAUUUCAUUGUGAAUUUCGGCCAGGAGUCAGUUGCCCCUGAACCGGUUCAGCUUGCGGUGAAGAAUCGGAUAUCGGAGUAUCCGGAGAAGGCGAGGAGGAAUAUGCAUGUGGUUAGGGUUAGGGUUCCGGCGUCGGUUGCGCAGGUCUUGAGUCAAGAACCGUGCUUGAUUGCUUUGGCCGUUGAGGGUUUCUACGACCGUGACAUUGAUACUAUGAAGUAUGCGGCCAAGAUGGAGAGGUUUCUGAGCAGAGGGAGAGAAGAGGAGUUGGUGUGUGUAGCGGUGAAGAUGUCGAGGGCAAUGUAUGCGCAGCUGGUGCAACAGGCGUUUCAGGCGCCAAAGUGUUAUCCCAUGCUGAAUAGGAGCGACGAUGGGGUGGCGUAUUUGGAGGCCGACUUGGGGAUGAAGAUUGCAUGUGGUUUGGAGAUGAUGUAUCAGCAAAGGAGAAAGGAGGGGUUGGAAGGGAAAGGGAGUAGUUGGAUCGCGUUUAGGGAGAGUUUGGAGAGGAGUGGAUACUUUGAAGGGUUGAUUCCCGGGUCGAAAGAGUACCAGAGGUUGUUGCAGAAUGCCGAGGAGUACUAUCGGAGUAGUGCUUCCUUUUCGAGGACAAGUGAGAUGAUGAGUGCUCCUGUGAGACGCAUAGAUGAGAUCCUUGCUUUACCUUAUACAGCGGAUGAUUUUAGGGGUCAAGAGGUUCCACCUUCUGAUGAUGAUUCUUGGCUUUACAAUGGAGAGGAGGAAUUAAACUCAGAACUUUUGGAGAGACAAAAGGAGAUCGAACAUUAUAAUUCAAAAAAGAAAAAGAAUCAAAAGUCAAAAGAGCAGGACGAUGCUGGUCCAUCAUCCAGCUCUAACAUUGAUGGGUUCAAUCCUGGUGAUAUAGCAAAAACCAUGCAGGCAUUUGUCCAGAAGAUUUCAAGCUACGAGGGAGCUGAGGUUCCCGAGAACAGGAACCUAGAAGAAGUAGACUUUGAUGCGGACCGUUUCUUUAAAGAUGUAGAAUCAAUGAUGAAGUGCCAUGGUGAUGAGGAUGCCACUAGUGAUGAUGAUAUUGAGGAAGGGUCCUCAUCCGACUUGGACUUUGAUGAGUCUGAAGAUGAAAGCAAGGAGGGAGAGGAUACUUUCAUGCAUUCUUAUUCUGAUGCUCUAAAUGAAGAAUUGAAGGCUACAACUCUCAAGAAAAGUUUUGUUCGUGCUGAUGAACAAGCCCCAAAGAAGGAUGAGGGAACGUCGAAUGCAACAGAAGACAUGGAGGAGGAUUUCACUCCUGUGGAUGUGGAUGUGAAUCUUGUCAAGAACUUCCUUGAUUCAUUUUCUAGCCAACAAGGCCUUCCUGGUCCUGCUUCCAAUUUGCUUGGGCUAAUGGGGGAUGUGAAGGCCGGCCUUGUCCUUGUUGACGUUGUUAAUGGCUUCUGUACCGAUGGUGCUGGAAAUUUGGCACAAAGACAGCCUGAUAAGCAAAUCUCUGAAAUGGUGGACGAGUCAGUGAGACUUGCAAGAGCUUUCUGUGACAGAAAAUGGCCUGUCUUUGCUAGUCGUGAUUCUCAUCACCUUGACAUUCCUGAGCCUCAUUGCAUUGCUGGAACUGUUGAAGCAAAGCUAGUCCCAACCCUGCAAUGGUUGGAGAAUGAAGCUAAUGUGACGCUUAGGCAUAAAGAUUGCAUCGACGGGUUCCUUGGUUUCGUUGAGAAAGAUGGCUCUAAUGUUUUUAUCAAUUGGGUGCAAAGUAAUAAGAUCAAAGCUGAUGUGAUUGUGUAUUCCCGUGGUUGUGCCACUUUUGAUAUUCCUACCAACACUUACAAAGAUGUUGUAACUCAUCCCCAGAUUAUGGAUUCGUUAAAGGAGGAGCUGCCAGUGUUCCAAACGUCUCUGGUACUCACCGGGGAUGUCAAGAUCGGCCUUGUCCUUGUUGACAUUGUUAAUGGCUUAUGUACCGUCGAUGUUGGAAAUUUGGUACCAACACAACUUGAUAAGCAAAUCUCUGAAAUGGUAGACAAGUUGGUGAGAGUUGUAAGACCUUUCUAUGAUAGAAAAUGGCCUGUCUUUGCUUUCCUUGAUUCUCAUCAUCCUUACAUUCCUGAGCCUCCUUAUCCUCCUCAUUGCAUUGCUGGAACUAAUGAAGCAAAGCUAGUCCCAAGUGCCCUUUUGUUCUUAGCCUCUUGUGUUUUCCUUAUCCUAGUAGCUCUCCUCUAA